AUGUCCGGAGACCUUGAGGUUACAUACAAGAAGCGUACUCGCGAGGCGGUUAGAGGUCGCCAAGGUCUCGACUGCCACGGCUGUGGAGACUGGAUGGGUAAAGGAUACUUGACGUACAAAUUGUACUUGGAAUGGCAAUACGACGAUGGUUCCUCUGGCGGCGAGUCGUACUUCUUCUGCAGCAAUGAUUGCCGGCAAUAUGAAGAAAAUGAUUUGCCUUGA